AAAAGGAGGAGCUCUCGUAAGUUCUAAUCAGAGUUAUUUGUGUUUCUGCCGGCGUUCACCAUUAAUAGUACCCAGCAGACAAGAUCUCCUUCUAGCCGGAUUCUCGACACGAGGCUUGGCUAUAGCCGGAGAACAAUGGCGUCUCCUUGCUCCAAGAUCACCUUGAUCGGGUUUGCAUUCGCCUUUGCUACUACCAUCCUCGCCGCCAGUGACUCAGAGGAAGUGCAAGGUGGAGCUAGCACUCCCCCGAAUAGCUGCUUCGUGGAAUGGAUGCUUCACGCGGGCAUCAACCUCAGCGACGCCCUGGCCUACGAAGAAGUUGCGCUCAAUAUUCCAUUGAGCGUGGCUCAGAUUGAAACAGGACAGGCAGCGGCGCUAGCAAGGCUGCUGAAUGGGGCAACUGAUCAUGUUGUGGCCAUACAGGACUGCAUUGCGGGCCGUUCAACAGCCUGUAGUUCAUAUCCAGGGCCUUGUUUCAAUAGUGGACAGUGCCUUCUCACCACUGGACUGGAUGUCAACGCAUACGUAUGCCGGUGUCCGACGAGUUACAGCGGUCAAUAUUGUCAGAAUGUUGAUGCAUCAAUCCUCGAUGAUGUCGCGGAAAUGCAGAGGGAGAUCAAAUCACUGGUGAAAAGCCUGGACAAGCAGGCAAACAAGACGGCGCUCUUGGGAAGUGGCUGCAACCUGAGAACCUUGGGAUACAAAUAUCAAAGCCGUCACAAUUUGUUUGAUCACAAGGACCGUGGGCAAUUGGCGUCGAUCACGUUCAUAAAGAAGCGAGCGGACACAGUUUUGAAGCUGUCCUACUCUAGUAACAUCCGUACUCGUGGUGCCAGAAAGUACUUGCGCUGGUUCUUCAAGAUCGAUGGGAAGGAGUGCCGCCAGCCCACGCCUAUUGAUAUUGGCAUGUGGCAGGAUACGAACGACAACACUCACGUUCCCGCCGUCCUGACAGGAAUCUGCGAAUCCAUUGCUAAAAACGGCGCAUCUCUAUCAGCUGGACACCACAACAUUACGGUUCACGUUGGCCAAUUGUCUACGCGUCCCAUUGCGGAUGGCCAUUCACAGUGGCACACCACGUCUAUCCUAGAAGUUCAAGAAAUGUGUCCUCAGUUCUGAUUUCUAGGUAGCUGCGACAUUCCCCUCGCAUGUCCAUGGAGUGUGCGGGCCAGCUCUGUAUUGCUGUUGGCAACCUGUACGAAAUGAGAAGAAAAAAGAGCUUCCUUCUUACACUAGUAAAAUAUGUUGCCUCUCCCAAUAUUCUCUGCAUACUAUAUCACCCUACCAGGAUAAAACCCGUCGCGGUUACUGCCUUUUCUCUCCCCCUGUACUCAUUAUUCUACUGUUUUCAUACUUUGGUUUCGCUAUCACUGUCCUACACUCUCCAUGGCCUAGAUAGUGGCUGCGUCGUAUAGUAUAAUUAUAAUAAUGCACGUGCGAAUUUGUCAGUGGAGAAAUAUUUUCCGCUUUUCACUAGA